GAGCUGAAUGCUAACAGCACUGUAGAUGCGUAUCAGCUGUUGGAAGAGCUGAACUGCAUUCCUGCAGCUCAGAACACCAAACGGCAUCCCGGGACACUUCAGAUCCGGUGUCAGUCGGUGGCCGCCCUGGAAAGCGCGCGACGUUUUACGGCUCACACCUGCUGGCACGCAGCUUCAGCAGGAUAUCUCAUCUUAGGGGGGGUGAUGUGAUUUAAUUAAGGGACACGUUCACUUCUAUACACGAACACAUGCGAUGUGUUAGAACUCAGCCUGACCCUGCAGAUACGUCGGAUAAAACUUACUCAACAACCUCUGGCGUUUGGGGAAGCUGCGGUUUUCCGCGGAUGUGGGAGGAUCCCGAUAGAUGAAAGAAUGGUUUGGCCUCCAGGGCCUAUGGGACAAGAGCGAUUUAAUGAGGGUGUCAUGACUGGAGUCUGAGCCGUGCGGCUCUGGCUGCCGCUUUUGCGGGCGCCCCGUGGCGAGAACUGCUAAGGUUCAGUGCGACGUGUUUUAUUCAGCUGUCUGGAGCAGUUCCCGUCAGUAACACUGCAUCACAGGAGGAUCACAUGAUUCUGUCCCGUCUGACUCAGCUCCCCCACCCCUGCACCGUGGGACCAUCGCUGAGUUGUGGCCUGCAACAGCCGAACGGCCUCAGAGGACAGUGCAGAGAUGGACAAACGGCAGCCUGCUGUAACUCUGCUUUCAUCCAGAAGCUGUAAAGCAGCAUAGGUGUGCAGCAGUGUUGAAAAGUGCCCCAGCUCCUGUUUCCAGUGCAGUGCAGUUCAGUGCAGUGCAGCGCAAGCUCCAUGCUUCCUCGGGACCAAGAACAAAUUAGAUGGUUUUGGCAUAAUGACAGCAGAAGACACUGCCACUACAACCACGAUGAGUAACCCGACCCCGUCCAGCGCCCAGCCUGCCUGCCACGUCCACCACAACCCAGCCCCCGUGCCUGAGAGCGUGGCUGGAGCUGUCAACGAGAGCGCCCUCUUAGCCCUGAUGGAGCGCACAGGCUACAGCAUGGUCCAGGAGAAUGGACAGCGGAAGUAUGGACCACCGCCCGGAUGGGAGGGGCCCUUGCCCCCAAGGGGAUGUGAGAUUUUUGUGGGCAAGAUCCCACGGGACGUGUAUGAGGACGAGCUGGUCCCGGUGUUCGAGAUGGUGGGUCGGAUCUACGAGAUGCGCCUGAUGAUGGACUUCGACGGGAAGAACCGCGGCUACGCCUUCGUGACGUACACGCAGAAGCACGAGGCCAAGCGGGCCGUGCGGGAGCUCAACAACUACGAGAUCCGGCCCGGCCGCCUGCUGGGCGUCUGCUGCAGCGUGGACAACUGCCGCCUCUUCAUCGGGGGCAUCCCCAAGACCAAGAAGCGCGAGGAGAUCUUGGAGGAGGUCUCCAAGGUGACGGACGGGGUUCUGGACGUCAUCGUGUACGCCAGCGCCGCCGACAAGAUGAAGAACCGAGGGUUCGCCUUCGUGGAGUACGAGAGUCACAGGGCGGCCGCCAUGGCCCGCCGGAAACUCAUGCCCGGCCGGAUCCAGCUGUGGGGCCACCAGAUCGCCGUCGACUGGGCCGAGCCGGAGAUCGACGUGGACGAGGACGUCAUGGAGACCGUCAAGAUCCUGUACGUGCGCAACCUCAUGAUCGAGACGUCCGAGGACACGCUGCGCAAGAUCUUCAGCCAGUUCAACCCAGGUUGCGUGGAGCGCGUCAAGAAGAUCCGCGACUACGCCUUCGUGCACUUCGCCAGCCGCGACGAUGCCGUCCUCGCUAUGGAUCAUCUCAACGGCUCUGAAAUAGAAGGCUCCUGCAUAGAGGUGACGCUAGCCAAGCCUGUGGACAAGGAGCAGUACACGCGCUACCAAAAGGCAGCCAAGGGGGCGGUGCCCAUCCCUGAGACCACCCAGACCAGCUAUGUUUACCAGUGCGACCCUUACACGCUGACCUACUAUGGAUAUCCCUACAAUGCACUGAUAGGACCCAACAGGGACUACUUUGUGAAAGCAGGUACCGUAAGAGGCCGGGGGCGCACGAUCGCUGGGAGUAGGGCCCCAGGGUCACGGGGCUCCUACCUGGGGGGGUAUUCAGCUGGGCGAGGCAUCUACAGCCGAUACCAUGAGGGGAAAGCCAAGCAGCAGGAGAAGCCGUACGAGCUGGUGCCCAGCCUGGAGCUGGCCGCAGUGAAUCCCGUGGGCAUCAAACCGUGCCCGAGUCAGUUGGCUCUCCCCACGCUGGCUGGCCAGUACCCCAUCUUCUCCACGGGUCACCCCACCAAGCUGAUGGAGGACGGGAAGAUGCACACGGUGGAGCAUCUCAUCAACCCCCUGAGCAUCCAGCAGGACCCUACGGUGGCCGCCCCCACCGCCACCGUCCUCCCUGCCGUCUCCACCCCCCCUCCGUUUCAGGGUCGCCCGAUCACUCCCGUGUACGCCAUGGCGCCCAACGUGCAGCGCCUCCCAGCAGUGGCCGGCCUGUACGGCGCCGGCUACGGGGCCAGCUACCUGCCCAUCGCGGCCCCGGCUAGCUCCGCCGCGCUGGCGGCCCUGCAGAAGAACGCUGCCAUGGCCGCCGCCUAUGGGGGCUACGCCGGCUACGUGCCGCAGGCUUUCCCGGCCACGGCGUUCCAGGUGCCGCUUCACGACGUCUACCAGACGUACUGAAGGAGUCGCCCUGCGCCCCCCCCACCCCACCCCGCCCCGGACAGGAAGGAAACUGAAGGAAAAAACAUAUAUUUAUGAAGAGCCAGUGCCGUUUUCACGUUUCCCAGCUAGCUAGCUGACGGAACCCAGGAGUGUCGUUUGACAGAAUUUCAAGUGCAUUAAACCUCCGUGGCUAAAGAAUAUAUUAAAUAUAUAUAUAUAAAAAAAACUAAAUAGAAAGAAUAUAUUUUAAAAAAUGAACAGUAUAUUUUACAAAAUGUUUGUGAGUUUAACAGCUACUCAGAGAAUUUUAUUAGACGCUCUACUACAUAAUUUUGUAUUUUGUAGAACACUUAUUGCUUCCGUCCGUAUAUUUUACCUCUGCUACUUAAAAGAGCGUUUGAAUUUCAUUUAUUAUUAUUUCAAUGUUUUUUCCUGGUAUUUUUGGUAUUAUUGAUGCUUUUUGUGUUUAUUUGUGUCCUGCUGGCGAACCACUGUGCCACUUAUUUUUUUGGGGUUUUUUUUUUUUGAAGGACUGGUACGUUUAGUUCGGCUCGGACUUUCCUCUCACUUGACCUUUCACCUCCAAAAGCAACAUGAGAGUAAUUAGACGACAAUAAGAAAAGCAAAAAAAAUUAAAAAUUCACUUUCCAACCCAAAUGGCAGAACGUGCCGGCGAAGCAUUAUCCGGAUGUGCUGAAGCCUCAGCGUCCGGCAGACUGGCGUCCACCGGCGCCGUAACUCUCUGCGACUGACAGGUUGUGAUCGCGGCCUUUAUGUCUCAAACCUGAAAGGCGGUUUAAUGGGAGACGAGGCUAUGGAGAAGAUGCAAUGAAAAGACAUGGUAGCAAUCUGGACCGUCCUCAUCCAUUCAAGUCAAGUUAGAGAUUUGAUUCGAUGUAGCAACUUCGUUUUGGUUCAAGGGUACUUAUUUCUCACAGGAAAUGGAAUAAUUAAUAUUCUUUUUCUUUUCUACACUACACCCCGUGAAGAAAAGCCUCCAUCUUCUGAGGUUUCCCAGCAAAACACAGGAUUGACGACACAUUUGCCUUUUAUCGGGCGGUUUGGAUGCCGCUUGACAUUGCUGCUUUUCCUCAUGGCUGCCUUUAUGAAGAAUGCAUGAGAUUGUUCUGCUGAGUCUCCUCCGACGAUGCACCUGUCAAGCUCGAGUACUUACAAGGCGAUCCAGACCUCUCUCCUCACUUCCAGGAGCCCAUGUCUUACGUGUAAAACCCAGCCAAACAGUUUAGUCACCCUCCAAAGACAGAUCAUGCCUUAAUUUGCCUUAAUCUUGCAUGUAAAUCUAUCUAUUCAUCGACCCGACUCUGAAGUUGUGUUUUGGUAGACGGCCCUUGGCUGAGCAAGUGAGAGACGGCUGUCUUGUGUGUGGGUUUGCGAAAGACUUACAAUAUACAUGUCUUAGAUUCAUGACAACAAAGAUCUGACUCAGUCCCUGUAAAACUCAGAGCUGUAUGAAGCCAGUUGUCUUUUUGUGGCAUUUGUUAAGCUACUGCAGACUUUGUAGAUACUAACGUCCCUGAACUUCUAAAAACAAUUAUUUAAGACUUAAGGUCGUCAGCAAGAAGUGCUUAAGCUGAAAUAGUCUUUUUUGUGGCGUGUUGUUCCAGUUCAUUACAGGCCUUCAUAUUUUUUUUGUAUAUGCUUUGAUACUUGCUUUUAGUGAAAAGGUCUUUCGCCUGAUGCAUACCUGUUUUAUUUUAGUUUUGAGACCUUUGUUAUUUUCUUUCACUAGUAACCUCUGUCUUGGCUCACGUUAAUACGCCGUCUUGUUUUUUUAUCGAGGGUGGGGAGUGACACCACAAUGCAAAGCAGACAGUUAAGCGGGUGUUUGACGUGCUGGUGGUUCUUACUGUGUGAGCUUAGACCCCGGCAGCGGGCGGCCGCUGUGUUCCAGCAUGUUCUGUAUGGCGUUGGCCUCGACUGAGUAGGAACUUUGAUACUUGCACAAUGUUUGUUUCUGUGUUUGGCCUGUUUAAAGGCUAAUUUUAUAACGUUUGGGAAAUGUCAUUGAACGGUUCCUUCACAACACUCUAUUACAACAAAAGUUAGGACAUAUUUAAUAUAUUCAGUGCACAAGUUUUAUAUGAGACUUAGAGAGAGAGAGAAAAAAACCGUAUAAUAUAUUUAAAAGGUAAAAUGUUUUCUUAUGUCUUUUUUAACUGUAACCUUAACAACUUGUUUUUGCCAAAGCACCCAAUACGAAAGAACACUUAGCAAGAGCUGAUAUUUUCCAAGAACUGAUAUUUUGUAUUUUACAAGCUGAAAAAAAAACAAACAGAAAA